AUGGAAAGGUUAGCGUUUGGGUGGGUAAUAGGGGUGAGUGUUGUGCAAGAGGAUUAUUGGGCACAAGUUGAUGGUAAUGUAGGAUUGUGGUGGGGAAAGUUUAGCGGUGGUGUCUGGAAAACCAUCAGUUCUCUGCAUGUCAUCUGGUUUAGUGGUGGUGGUUAUCAGAAAGUCGAUGUGGCGCUGAAGUCAUCCAUCGUUGGAGGUGUUAUACUGCUUGAUAUCACCGUUAGUUGGGGUGUUUGCAUCAGAGUGCUUUGUGUUGACAUGACGGCGGAGGAAGUUUGUCCUCCGACAGCCAGUCGUUGUGGCUCGGUUGUUGGAGCGGUGGUUACUGUCGAGCCGCCUUGUUGUGAUGUUUCACCGGUGAUGGGCUGGUGUGGCUUCUUCGUGCGUGCUGAAAAGGGCGAGGAAGUAAAUCGCCAUAUCAAACCUAGACAACAACAACAACUAGUAGUAAAGCCUCAACCGAGUUCCCCUAAAAUUAAUCAAGAGAAGGCGAUCAACAAGGCUAGGGGGAUACUUUCAACGGGUUGUGAUGUCGUCGGUGAAGAUGGUGGAGGGUUUAUAGGAGCGGGUGGUCGUGGUAUGAAUGAGGAAGAUGAGGAAGAAACAGAUCUUGACAAAGUGAAUGUUGAAAAGCUUGCUAAAUAUCUUGGUCCUGAGAAGUUUGACAUUUUGACUCAAGCAUUUGAAGAAGCUAGGGCGAAUGUGUUACCCUCUCCUGAAGAAGAUGCCCAUGUGGAUGCAAUGCAUACCAAUAUUUUGUCGGAGUGUGAAGCAGAAUACUUAAUGGCAAAGUUUGAUUCGAAUCCUGACAUUGAUGAGAAUCCUCGUGUACCUCUUCGAGAUGCUCUUGAGAAAAUGAAGCCCCUCCUAAUGGCUUAUGAAAAUAUUUAA